CACGUAUCUCACACUUUGUCCAUGUUGUAUCACCAAAUAACUUUGGGGCUUAUGCAGCUGUUUCUGCUGCUGGGUGCGUCCGCCACUUUCCCGCGAAGUGAGCCUUGCGGUGAACACGAAGAGCGGGCCUGUUUGCCCUGCACGGAGCCCAAAUGUUCGCAUCCCUACAUCCAGGAGCCGCUCUGUGCGUUCUUCAAAAAAUGUCACUUAGGAUGCGGCUGUAAGUUUGGCUAUGUGCGCCACGAUUUCAACAAUCGAUGUAUUUCUGCCCUGGAGUGUCGCCGCCCAGUUCAUCAGUUGCCCAUUCCAUUUAUAUAAAGUGUCCUCUGUGGGACUAUUGAAUGGAAUUUUAAUAAUAGGGGUAGCUGUUUAGGUAUCUAAAUCUUCAUUAGAUUAAAAUUAAUUAAAAUGUGUUUGCACUAAAUAAGAAAUAAAUCAAAUUGU